UGCUCUCUCACAGCUAGCUAAGCAGAGAGGGUUAGAUGUGUGUGUUUGUGCGGUCAUCUUUCUGCUUGUAGCUCUCCUGAGACCGUCGCAAAACCCACCUUUUUCCCUUCUACAGCCGUCUCAUUUCCUCUUUGGUAGCCACACAACAAUACCAAACUGAAGUUGCUUUGGUGAAGCACCGUUUUCCCCAUCCCCUCCUAUUAUUCUUAUUCUUUUGAGUAUUCUUCAUUGUCAAGCCGCCAAAGUGGAGAGUGUGAUUGCAGAAGGGGGUGCUUCUCGUUUCAGCGAGUUCCUGGGGAAAACCCCAGGGCAAAGCGUUCAGAGAUGGGUUCCUUCACGAAGCACUAGACGAGAUGCCAACUCCAGCAACGAAAAAGAGCGACACGAUGCAAUCUUCAGGAAAGUGAGGGGCAUACUCAACAAACUCACGCCUGAGAAGUUUGACAAGCUAUGCCUUGAGCUCCUGAACGUGGGCGUAGAUUCAAAACUCGUCCUUAAAGGAAUCAUCUUGCUGAUUGUAGACAAAGCCCUAGAAGAGCCGAAGUAUAGCUCGCUCUAUGCUCAGCUAUGUCUGCGCUUGGCAGAGGACGCACCAAACUUUGAUGGCCCUUCAUCUGAGAUCCAAACAUCCCAAAAGCAGAGCACAACCUUCAGAAGACUGCUGAUUUCCAAGCUUCAAGAUGAAUUUGAAAACCGCACCAGAAAUGUUGAAAUCUAUGACAAACAUGACAACCCUCUUACUUCUGAGGAGGAGGAGCAGCGUGCCAUCGCCAAGAUCAAGAUGCUUGGCAACAUUAAAUUCAUCGGGGAACUUGGCAAACUCGACCUCAUCCAUGAAUCUAUCCUUCAUAAGUGCAUCAAAACACUUCUGGAAAAGAAGAAGAGAGUCCAGCUCAAGGAUAUGGGAGAGGAUCUGGAAUGCCUCUGUCAGAUAAUGAGAACAGUGGGGCCGAGACUCGACCAUGAGAAAGCAAAGUCUUUAAUGGAUCAGUACUUUGGCCGUAUGCGAUCCUUAAUGAACAACAAGGAGUUGCCCGCUCGGAUCCGCUUCCUACUGCAAGACACAGUGGAACUGCGAGAAAACAACUGGGUCCCCCGCAAGGCUUUCAUCGACAACGGACCAAAGACGAUUAACCAGAUCCGUCAGGACGCAGUGAAAGAUUUGGGUGUUUUCAUCCCAGCGCCCAUGUCUCAGGGGAUGAGGAUGGACUUCUUCCUGGAAAGCCCUUUCAUGCCCAACAGAAUGAAACUGGACAGGGAGACUCUCGGGGGAUUGGCCGACAUGUUUGGACAGAUGCCAGGCAGUGGAAUUGGAACUGGCCCAGGGGUUAUUCAGGACAGAUACUCGCCCACUAUGGGACGCCAUCGCACCAACCCGCUUUUCAACGGCCACGGCGGCCACAUCGCCCCCCCGCCACAGUCGCAGUUCGACAUGGGGCCCAAGUCUUUUGUCAAGUCCAACCAGGUUCAGAACCAACAUUUCCUCAACCAGAACCAGAACCACUUGGCCCAGCAGCAGGUCCAGUCCAAGGACAUGCCUCCACGAUUCAGCAAGAAAGGACAGCUCAACGCAGACGAGAUCAGCCUCCGGCCUGCUCAGUCAUUCCUCCUCAACAAGAACCAGGUGCCCAAGCUCCAGCCACAGAUCCCCAACAUGAUGCCUCCCAGCGCCCAGCCCCCCCGCACCCAAACCCCUCCUCUGGGACAGCCUCCACAGCUUGGCCUGAAGACCAACCCUCCUCCCAUUCAAGAGAAGCCUCAGAAGACGAACAAGAAGCCGCCGCCUGCCCGGGAGGAGCUGCUCAAGAUGACGGAGGUGAUCGUGACCGAGUACCUGAACACCAAGAACAUGCCGGAGGCCGUGAGCGGCGUGCGAGAGAUGAAGGCGCCGAAGCACUUCCUGCCAGAGAUGCUCAGUAAGAUCAUCGUGUGCUCCCUGGACCGUCCCGAUGAGGACAAGGAGCACGCCAGCACCCUGAUCCACACGCUGCGCACCGAGGGCCUCAUCACCGGGGAGAACUUCAUGCAGGCUUUCCUGAACGUCCUGGACCAGUGCCCCAAGAUCGAGGUGGACGUGCCCCUGGUGAAGUCCUACCUGGCCCAGUUCGCGGCGCGGGCCAUCAUAGCGGAGCUGCUGAGCGUGGCGGAGCUGGCCCACCCGCUGGAGAACGGCACCCACUUCCCCCUCUUCCUGCUGUGCCUGCAGCAGACGGCCAAGCUGAAGGACCGCGAGUGGCUCACCGACCUCUUCCAGCAGAGCAAGGUCAACAUGCAGAAGAUGCUCCCAGAAAUCGAUCAGAACAAGGACCGCAUGCUGGAGAUCCUGGAGGGGAAGGGCCUGAGCUUCCUGUUCCCGCUGCUGAAGCUGGAGAAGGAGCUGCUGAAGCAGAUAAAGGCAGACCCGUCUCCUCAGUCCAUCUACAAGUGGAUCAAAGACAACAUCUCGCCCAAGCUCCACACCGAUAAAGGCUUUGUCAACAUCCUCAUGACCAGUUUCCUGCAGUACAUCUCCCAGGAGCUGUGCGUGGCCGAGGGCGACGAGCAGCUGGCGGCGCCCUCCAAGGAGCAGCUGGAGCAGGAGAAGCUGCUGCUGCUGGCGUUCAAGCCCGUCAUGCAGAAGUUCCUGCACGAUCACACCGAGCUGCAGGUCAGCGCCCUCUACGCCCUGCAGGUGCACUGCAACGCCAGCAGCUUCCCCAAAGGCAUGCUGCUGCGCUACUUUGUCAACUUCUACGACAUGGAGAUCAUCGAAGAAGAAGCCUUCCUUGCAUGGAAAGAAGACAUCACCCAAGAAUUCCCUGGAAAAGGAAAAGCGUUGUUCCAGGUCAACCAGUGGCUCACCUGGCUGGAGACGGCGGAGGAGGAGGAGUCGGAGGACGAGGCGGACUGAGGAGGAGGAGGAUGGAGGGAGCAUCCCAUCAUCGUGGCGUCGAUCAGCUUGGUUUUCUCGUCUCCUCCCGUUUUGCGUUCCAUGCUGAAUUCCAGCUCGAGCAUGCGAAGCGGAGCCGCUCGCUUCGUUUUCCGCACAAACGGGAAUUCGUCAAGUCAGAAGUGGUUCCGCCACAUUUUGUUUAGUUUUUUUUUUUUUCUUCUUUUUUUUUUUCUGUGUUGCAUGUUUCCUGUUUGAUUUCCAGCCCUCAGCGCCCCCCGAUAGUUUAAAGAAAAAGAAGCUUUAAGAAAGGCGUAGAGUCCUUCCCUCUGUUCCCUCCAGCCAGAUGAAGUUAGCGGCACGUCGGCGAGCGCUGCCAGAACAACCAAAAGGAUGAGAGAUUUGGUGCGAGGGGUCCAAAAGCCGUCGCCAGGCCGAGCGAAGCGUCCGCUGACGAUAACAACAUAACUGCAUGCGUAGUCGCCCCGUACUAAAACCUUUUUUUUUUUUUUUUUUUUAAAUAAGUGCUCUUCGUAGCCCUUAAGGACGAGCAUGCUUUUUUUUUAACCACUUCCUCUUUUUUCUGUUACAUGUCGCUCUUCUUGUCUUUUAUUCACACGAGUGGUUGCAAGUACUCAUCGUCCAAAUGUUACAAUAUUUAAAAAAAAAAAAAAAGAAAAACCUAUUAAAAAAAAAAAUCCUUGUGUUCAUUGGUGUGCCGCCGUAACGUUUCAGAGUUGCCUGUGUUUCUACCUCUUAGUUAGAUCGGCUUUUUUUGUGCUGGGAAGAUGAAAUCCAAGAAGAAUCUGAAGUAUUUGAUUGAAGUCCUGGCCUGAUCGCACACUUAACCCAAGUGUUUUUUAUUUAAUUCUCCAAUAAAGCCUCAACACAGUUUACGAUGAUCCAUAUUUAAGAGACAGAAGAGCUGGUGUUUAGGAAUUGAGCCGUUCUUUGAAUAAAUUUCUGGAGGGAUGGCGUCGAUGUGGGCUGCGUUUAUUUGAAAUCAUUUUUUCCAUUUCAGGUGGAAACGAAUCCAUUUGGUUAAUUGUUCUUGACCCCCCGCCCCCCCCCCCCCCACUUUGCUCGCUGUAUUAAAAACAAGGUAACAGAUGAUCAAGUUUUAACCAAGAAUCUGGAUCUGACUGUAAGGUAUUCAUAAUUUUUGUGCACCUAUAUUGCUUUAAUGUCAAUAAAGUCCAGUACAUGAGCACCGUU